CGCGGUUCGAGUGCAGGGUGAGGCGCGCGUGCGGGCGCAGGCGCGGGCGCGAGUGCAGGUACAGGGUGAGAGUGCGGUGCGUGUGCGGGUGCAGGAGCUGGGUGAGUAGGGUGCUUACAGAAGGCAACCGACCCUGCGGGCGCUGUGGCUGUGACAGCGGCGUCCGCGCCUCCUCGCGCGUAGGUGUGCGGCGCGCUCCUGGCGGGGACCGAGCGAGCAGAUCUCGCGUGCGCUCGCCGCGCGGCGCAGCCCAGCCCGGCCCCCGCCCGGCGCCGCGAGCCGAGGUGUCUCCCGCGCCCGCGCCCGUGUCGCCGCCGUGCCCGCGAGCGGGAGACGGAGUCGCCGCCGCCCGAGCGCAGCCGAGCGCACGCCGAGCCCGUCCGCCGCCGCCAUGGCCACCACGGUGACCUGCACCCGCUUCACCGACGAGUACCAGCUCUACGAGGAUAUUGGCAAGGGGGCUUUCUCUGUGGUUCGACGCUGUGUCAAGCUCUGCACCGGCCAUGAAUAUGCAGCCAAGAUCAUCAACACCAAGAAGCUGUCAGCCAGAGGCACCGCUGCCCUGGAGAAAGACACAUACAUAUUUGCAUGUCUGGCCUCCAUCCCUACACUACGUCAUGCUCGCUCCAGUGCAACUGACCAGAGAUGACUCGGCCAGGUCAGAUCACCAGAAGCUGGAGAGAGAGGCUCGGAUCUGCCGCCUUCUGAAGCAUUCCAACAUUGUGCGUCUCCAUGACAGCAUCUCCGAGGAGGGUUUCCACUACCUGGUCUUCGAUCUGGUCACUGGUGGGGAGCUCUUUGAAGACAUUGUGGCGAGAGAGUACUACAGUGAGGCUGAUGCCAGUCACUGCAUCCAGCAGAUCCUGGAGGCCGUUCUCCAUUGUCACCAAAUGGGGGUUGUCCACAGAGACCUCAAGCCUGAGAACCUGCUCCUGGCCAGCAAGUGCAAGGGGGCUGCAGUGAAGUUGGCGGACUUCGGCCUGGCCAUCGAGGUGCAGGGCGACCAGCAAGCGUGGUUUGGUUUUGCUGGCACGCCAGGCUACCUAUCUCCUGAGGUCCUUCGGAAGGAGGCGUAUGGCAAGCCUGUGGACAUCUGGGCGUGUGGAGUGAUCCUGUACAUACUGCUGGUGGGCUACCCGCCCUUCUGGGAUGAGGACCAGCAUAAGCUGUACCAGCAGAUCAAGGCUGGGGCCUAUGACUUCCCAUCCCCCGAGUGGGACACUGUCACUCCUGAAGCCAAAAACCUCAUCAACCAGAUGUUGACAAUUAACCCUGCCAAGCGCAUCACAGCCCAUGAGGCCCUGAAGCACCCAUGGGUCUGCCAACGUUCCACGGUGGCCUCCAUGAUGCACAGACAGGAGACCGUGGAGUGUCUGAAGAAGUUCAAUGCCAGGAGGAAGCUCAAGGGGGCCAUUCUCACCACCAUGCUGGCCACAAGGAAUUUCUCAGUGGGCAGACAGACCACCGCUCCGGCCACAAUGUCCACCGCGGCCUCCGGCACCACCAUGGGGCUGGUGGAACAAGCCAAGAGUUUACUCAACAAGAAGGCAGAUGGAGUCAAGCCCCAGACAAACAGCACCAAAAACAGUUCGGCCAUCACCAGCCCCAAAGGGACCCUCCCUCCUGCUGCCCUGGAGCCUCAAACCACCGUUAUCCAUAACCCAGUGGACGGGAUUAAGGAAUCUUCUGACAGCACCAACACAACCAUAGAGGAUGAAGAUGCUAAAGCUCCCAGGGUCUCUGAUGUCCUGAGUUCGGUGAGGAGAGGCUCGGGAGCCCCAGAAGCUGAGGGGCCCCUGCUCUGCCCAUCUUCAACUCCCAUUAGCCCCCUGCCAGCCCCAUCCCCCAGGAUCUCUGACAUCCUGAACUCGGUGAGAAGGGGCUCAGGAACCCCAGAAGCCGAGGGGCCCCUAUCAGCAGGGCCUUCACCCUGCUUGUCUCCAGGUCUUCUAGGCCCACUGCCCGCCCCGUCCCCCAGGAUCUCUGACAUCCUCAACUCGGUGAGGAGGGGCUCAGGGACCCCAGAAGCUGAGGGCUCCCCGUCAGUGGGCCCCCCACCUUGCCCAUCUCCGACUCUCCCUGGCCCCCUGCCCACCCCAUCCCGGAAGCAGGAGAUUAUCAAGACCACAGAGCAGCUCAUUGAGGCCGUCAACAACGGUGACUUUGAAGCCUAUGCGAAAAUCUGUGACCCAGGCCUGACCUCAUUUGAGCCUGAAGCUCUGGGCAACCUGGUCGAAGGGAUGGACUUCCACAGAUUCUACUUUGAGAACCUGCUGGCCAAGAACAGCAAGCCGAUUCACACGACCAUCCUGAACCCACACGUGCACGUCAUUGGAGAGGACGCAGCCUGCAUCGCCUACAUUCGCCUCACGCAGUACAUCGAUGGGCAGGGCCGGCCCCGUACCAGCCAGUCCGAAGAGACACGUGUGUGGCACCGCCGUGAUGGCAAGUGGCAGAAUGUGCACUUCCACUGCUCGGGCGCGCCUGUGGCCCCACUGCAGUGAGAGCUGUGCCUGUUUCACCGGACAGAGUUGGUGUUUGGAGCCCGGCCGCCCUCGGGCGCACGGCCUGCCUGUCGCAUGUUUGUGUCUGCCUCGCCCCCUCCCCUGGUGCCUGUGUCUGCAGAAAACAAGACCAGACGUGAUUUGUUUUUAAAAAUAAGAUGACGACAACGACAACCACACACACAAAAAUUGACAUCGGA